GCCCCGUCCAUGCAUUUCAGUCCCGAGUCCGCCGCAAUCUUCAACUUAAUUGGUAGGUGAUGUUCCUCACGCGCCACGAGGAUCCCUGAAUUUUCCUCCCAUCGGACACUUCCAAAAACUUUAUGCUGACGGUUGCGUAUUACUGCCGCACCAAAACUGGCGCCUGCCGUUUACAAUUCAGAAAUCCAACGGCGACGUCGGAGCAAUGCCGCUUCAGACUUUCCACCUGGCCGCACUGCUCCUCCUCCUCCUCCUCCUUGCGCCCGCUGGCCGCUGCGCGGACGCCACUGCCGGCGGCGAUGGCGGCCGGUUCGUCUACAACGGCUUCAAGGGCGCGAACCUCACCCUCGACGGCGCGGCCUCCGUGACGCCGAACGGCCUCCUGAUGCUCACCAACGGCACCAUCCAGAUGAAGGGUCACGCGUUCCACCCGUCCCCGCUGCCGUUCCAGGACCCGGGCGCCCGGAACGCCACCGCCGCCCGGUCCUUCUCGACCACCUUCGUGUUCGCCAUCUACGGCCCGUACGUCGACCUGAGCAGCCACGGCCUGGCGUUCUUCGUCGCCUCCGACAAGGAGCUGCUAUCCGCCGCGCUGCCGGGCCAGUUCCUGGGCCUGCUCAACACCAACAACAACGGCAACCGGAGCUCCCACGUCCUCGCCGUGGAGUUCGACACGCUCUUCAACGCCGACUUCGGCGACAUCAACAGCAACCACGUCGGCGUCGAUGUCGACAGCCUGGUGUCGCGCGCCGCGGCGGACGCCGGGUACUACGACGACGGCACCGGGCAGUUCCGGAACCUGAGCCUGGUCAGCCGGAAGGCCAUGCAGGUCUGGGUCGACUACGACGGCGCCGCCACGCAGAUCACGGUGACCAUGGCCCCUGUAGGCUUGUCCAGGCCCAAGAAACCGCUGCUGCAGACCACCGUCAACCUCUCCGACGUGGUCCAGGACACGGCGUACGUCGGGUUCACCUCGGCCACGGGCAUCCUAUUCUCGCGCCACUUCGUGCUCGGCUGGAGCUUCGCGCUCGACGGGCCGGCCCCGGCGCUGAACAUCUCAGCGCUGCCUACCUUGCCGCCGGCGGGGAACAAGCCGCGGUCCAAGGUCUUGGAGAUUGUGCUGCCCAUAGCGUCCGCCGCGCUGGUGUUCGCCGUGGGCGUCGCGAUUUACGCCUUGGUGCGGCGGCGGAUCAAGUACGCCGAGGUGCGCGAGGACUGGGAGGUCGCGUUCGGGCCGCACAGGUUCUCGUACAAGGACCUGUUCCAUGCCACCAAAGGGUUCAGCGACAAGCAGCUGCUCGGAGCAGGAGGGUUCGGAAGCGUCUACAAGGGCGUUCUCCGCAAGUCCAACACGGAGGUCGCGGUGAAGAAGGUGUCUCACGAGUCCAAGCAGGGCAUGAAGGAGUUCAUCGCCGAGGUUGCGAGCAUGGGACGGUUGCGGCACCGCAACCUUGUUCAGUUACUCGGCUACUGCCGGCGCAAAGGUGAACUUCUCUUGGUCUACGAUUACAUGCCAAACGGUAGCCUUGACAAGUACCUGUACGAUCGAAGCAAGGGUGCACUAUUGGAUUGGCCUCAAAGGUUUCACAUCAUCAGAGGAGUGGCGUCUGGGCUAUUGUACCUCCAUGAGGAUUGGGAGCAAGUUGUCAUCCACCGAGAUGUCAAGGCAAGCAACGUGCUUCUCGAUGCUGAAAUGAAUGGACGACUAGGGGAUUUCGGCCUUGCGAGGCUGUAUGAUCAUGGAACCGAUGCGCAUACUACACAUGUGGUCGGGACUAUGGGGUACCUAGCCCCUGAAUUAGGACACACAGGCAAGGCGACUCCGGCGACCGAUGUCUUUGCCUUCGGGGCAUUCCUUCUGGAGGUCACCUGUGGACGAAGGCCAAUUGAGCAAGACGAGCACGGCAACCACACCGUGCUCGUGGAUUGGGUAACUGAGCACUGGCGUAGGGGAUUGAUGGUCGACGCGGCGGACACGAUGAUCCCAGACGGUUUUAAUCCUGAUGAGGUAUCUCUGGUACUGAAACUUGGGCUGCUUUGCUCGCAUCCAUUGCCCAACGCAAGGCCAACCAUGCGGCAGGUCAUGCAGUACCUCGACGGAGAUAUGGUCCUUCCAGACCUGUCACCGGAGUAUUUCGGCUUCACCGGAAUGGAGCGGAUGUACAGCAGGGAGUUCAACAAGAAUAUGAUAUCGUACCCUUCGUCCGACCACGGCCUCGCCUUCGUGGUCGCCCCGACCACCAACUUCUCCGCGGCCAAAGCGGGGCAGUACCUGGGCCUCCUCGGCGCGAUCAACGGCACGGCGAGCGAUCGCGUCCUGGCGGUCGAGCUCGACACCAUCAUGAACCCCGAGAUCCGCGACAUCAACAGCAACCACGUCGGCGUCGACGUCAACAGCCUGAUUUCAGAGCAGCCCCAGCCGGCCGGCUACUACGACGACGCGGCCGGCGGCGCCUGGAGAGAUUUGCAGCUGAACAGCCGGAAGCCGAUGCAAGUAUGGAUCGACUACGACGGCCAGGCCGGGCAGCUCAACGUGACGCUAGCUCCGGUGCAAGUGCAAAAGCCCAAGAAGCCUCUGAUCUCCGUGCCCGUCGAUCUCUCUACGUUCAUGGCGGAUACGAUGUACGUCGGCUUCUCCUCGGCCACUGGAGUCGUCAUCACACGCCACUACGUGCUCGGGUGGAGCUUCAGCUUUGACGGACCAGCUCCACCUCUCGACUUCUCCAAGCUCCCCGUCCUGCCACGCGUGGGUCCGAAGCCACGGUCCAAGGUCUUGGAUGUCAUGCUUCCCCUCGCCACUGCGUUGCUCGUGGCCGCAGUGCUCGCAGCCGUCUUCUUGAUAGUAUGGAGGCGGCGCCGGUACGCCGAGGUUCGGGAAGAUUGGGAGGACGAGUUCGGCCCGCACCGCUUCUCAUACAAGGACCUGUUUCAUGCCACCAACGGGUUCAAGGACAAGAACUUGCUGGGCGUCGGAGGAUUCGGAAGAGUAUACAAAGGAGUGCUUCCAGGAUCCAGUUUGGAUAUCGCAGUAAAGAGAGUGUCACAUGAUUCCAGGCAAGGAGUGAGGGAGUUCGUUGCCGAGGUUGUGAGCAUCGGCCGCCUUCGACACCGGAACCUUGUUCAACUGCUAGGCUAUUGCAGACGCCAAGGCGAACUACUCUUGGUCUACGACUACAUGCCAAAUGGUAGCCUUGACAAGUACCUGCACGAUCAGCAUAUGCCCACUCUUUCCUGGCACGAGAGGUACAAGAUAAUCAAGGGUGUCGCCGCAAGCCUACUGUAUCUACACGAGGACUGGGAGCAGGUCGUGAUCCAUCGAGACAUCAAGGCCAGCAACGUGCUGCUGGACCACGAGAUGAGUGGCCGGCUCGGUGACUUCGGCCUGGCGAGGCUCUACGACCAUGGCGCCGAUCCUCAGACCACUCAUGUGGUCGGGACCAUGGGGUACCUCGCGCCGGAGCUCGUGCGCACCGGGAAGGCGGCCGUUAACCGACGUGUUCUCCUUCGGCGUGUUCCUCCUGGAGGUCGCCUGUGGGCGCAGGCCUAUCGACCGCGACGACCGCAACAACAGGGUCGUGCUGGUGGAUCGGGUGAUCGAGCAUCACCGCAACGGAUCGAUCCUUGACGCCGUGGAUCCGCGGCUUGUGGGGAAGUAUGAGGUGGAGGAGGUGACCCUCGUGCUGAAGCUGGGCUUGAUGUGCGCGCACCCGUUGCCGAAUGUGAGACCCGGCAUGCGACGAGUCGUGCAGUACUUGGACGCCAACCAGCCGGUCCCUGAACUGUCCCCGAGCUAUACGAGCUACAGCAUGAUGUCGCUGAUGCAGAACGAAGGGUUUGAUUCGUAUGUCAUGUCAUCUAAUCAGUCAGAGACUAGCAUUGGUGUAUCCUCUAUGAGUGUUCUGUCGGAGGGAAGGUGACCUGUUAUUUCUGUAGCUCCUCGUGUUUUCACUUCUCUGGAAUGACACGUUUUGCAUAGAAACAGAGAGUAUCCUGAAAAAAAAAUAAGAAGUCUACCUUCCAAUUUCUGUGA